AUGAACCCCAGCGAUCCCAGCUACUCCUUGGCUUCACUCUAUGUGGGGGACCUGCACCCAGAUGUGACCGAGGCGAUGCUCUAUGAGAAGUUCAGCCCGGCAGGGCCCAUCCUCUCCAUCCGGGUGUACAGGGACAGGACCACCCGCCGCUCGCUGGGCUACGCGUCUGUCAACUUCCAGCAGCUGGAGGACGCCGAGCGGGCCUUGGACACCAUGAAUUUCGAUGUGAUCAAGGGCAAGCCGGUGCGCAUCAUGUGGUCUCAGCGGGACCCGUCGCUGCGCAAGAGCGGAGUAGGCAACAUAUUCGUCAAAAACCUGGACAGAUCCAUUGACAGUAAAACGCUGUAUGAUACGUUUUCUGCCUUCGGUAACAUCCUCUCCUGUAAGGUGGUGUGUGAUGAAAACGGCUCCAAAGGUUACGGCUUUGUACACUUCGAGACGCAGGAAGAAGCCGAACGAGCCAUUGAGAAGAUGAACGGGAUGUUCUUGAAUGACCGCAAAGUAUUCGUUGGGCGCUUUAAGUCUCGUCGGGACAGGCAGGCUGAACUUGGAGCCAGGGCCAAGGAGUUCACCAAUGUUUACAUCAAGAAUUUGGGAGAAGACAUGGAUGAUGAACGACUCCAGGAUCUCUUCGGCAGGUUUGGGCCUGCCUUAAGUGUUAAGGUCAUGACGGACGAAAGUGGAAAAUCGAAAGGAUUCGGAUUCGUGAGCUUCGAAAGGCAUGAAGAUGCACGAAAGGCAGUGGAUGAGAUGAACGGGAAAGACCUCAACGGAAAACAAAUUUAUGUAGGCCGAGCUCAGAAAAAGGUAGAACGACAAACGGAACUGAAGCACAAAUUCGGGCAGAUGAAGCAAGAUCAGCACAAAGUUGAACAGGUACCCCAAGAUCGGAGCGUCAGAUGCCAAGGUGUCAACCUCUACGUGAAAAACCUUGAUGACGGUAUUGAUGAUGAACGUCUCCGGAAGGAGUUUUCCCCGUUUGGUACGAUCACUAGUGCAAAGGUAACGAUGGAGGGUGGGCGCAGCAAAGGGUUUGGUUUUGUAUGUUUUUCCUCUCCAGAAGAAGCCACCAAAGCCGUGACAGAAAUGAAUGGUAGAAUAGUGGCCACCAAACCACUCUACGUAGCUUUAGCUCAACGCAAAGAGGAGCGCCAGGCUCACCUCAGUAAUCAGUAUAUGCAAAGAAUGGCCAGCGCCAGUGCCGGGCCUAACCCAGUCACCAGCCCUUUCCAGUCAGCGCAGGGUCCUUCAGGUUACUUCAUGACAGCUACACCACCGACUCAGAACCGUGGGACAUACUAUGCUUCUAAUCAAACUACCCAGCAAGGACCAAGUGCCCGUGGGAGUGCUCAGGGUACCAGAGCUCAUCUAUUCCAAAACACAUCUAGUGCCAUCCACCCAUCUAAUACUAUGCAAUCAUUUGGUACUUCAGGGCCGACUUCCUCACAGGCUAUACGACACCGUACUGCGAGCACAUCCACACAGAUGACGGGCCUCCACCCUACAGCUGCUUCUGCUGCAGCUGCUCCUGCCGCCCGCACAGUUACCCAGUAUAAAUAUACUGCUGGCGUCCGAAAUCCCCCUCAGCAUCUGAAUACACAGCCACAAGUCACCACGCAGCGCGCUGCUGUUCCUGUCCAAGGUAAAGAAUCUCUGACUGCCUCCAUGUUGGCAUCUGCUCCUCCUCAAGCUCAAAAGCAAAUGUUAGGGGAAUGGCUCUUUUCUCUUAUUCAGGCCAUGCACCCGGCCCUUGCUGGUAAAAUCACGGGUAUGCUGUUGGAAAUUGAUAAUUUAGAACUGCGCCACAUGCUUGAGUCUCCAGAGUGUCUCCACACCAAAGUUGACGAAGCCAUAGCUGUACUGCAAGCCCACCAAGCUAAGGAGACUCCGCAGAAAGCAGUCAGCAGUGUUGCUGGUGUCCCAACUGCUUAA